UUGAGCAUUGUACACAUAAUAUGCAUUGCUGGAGGUGGUGCUGUAGUGUUUGUGAUCUUCCUUGUUGUGGGCCUAGUGUUGUUAAAGAAAACUACUAAGCGACACAGUGAGGUGGAAUCUAAUCAUGUAUACGUGCCCUAUUUGUCAACAAUGAAGGAAGACGUGUAUGCCGUACCAUUUGCACAAGAAAACAAUACAGUAAAUGAGAUGCACCCGGACGAUUUACACAAAUAUAACGUAAUCCUGGAAGGAAACCAUUCCCGGGUGUGUAGAGGUAAAGUUCCCAGCUUUGGUCUAACAAACGUCGCUAUCAAGACUCUAAAAGAGGAUCAUAAUGUCAAGGAAAAGGAAAGAAUGUUGCACGAAAUAAAGAUGAUGAGGCUGUUGCCAUGGCAUGAAAACAUUAUCCGAUUACUUGGCUUUACAAGCAUCAGGGAAUACUUAGCUGAAACUGUUGUGGGUCUCAUUGACUCGUGUCAAAGAACUUGUUUUCGCGAUGAAUAUACUCAACUAGCCGUACGCUGGACGGCAGUAGAGGGACUGAGUACCAAUAAGCGAUUAUUUUCCAUGAAAUCCGACGUUUGGUCUUUUGGAGUGCUGAUGUGGGAGAUAUUAACUUUAGGAUCAAAACCAUAUGGAAAAAUGUCGAUUAACACAGUUGUCGAGAAAGUAAGCGCAGGCCUGCGGCUGAAAAAACCUGAAAACAUCUCCAACGAAUUAUACUCUGUUAUGAAUGCAUGUUGGCACACUACACCUGAGAGCAGACCGUCAUUUGAAAAUCUAGCCAGCGACCUCGACAGUGUCAUAAGCAGUAAUGAACAAAGCGUUGACACCUCCUAUGAAGGAGGAGAGUAUUUUGCCCUAGAUGUGGUGCGAAGAUAAUCAGAUCAGAGUAAAAUUAUUUGAGUGGAGUUUUGUAUAGAUCAAGCCGGGCACUCACUGUGUCGUACAACCGUCGCACGACGAAUACAACUCCGCUUCUUCCUGUGAGCGCUAGACGACGCGACGCCGUCUGCUGAUUGUCGGUGGUCGUCUGAACGGAUCGUCAUUAAAAACGAUCAGUUACGCGUACGUCUUCGCGUUGAUUUCUUCAUAGAAUCGCGUCGGCCGACGACCGUCGGGCGCAGUGAGUGCCUGGUUUUAGUGAUUAAAAUGCUUGUCCUCUAAUUCCAGAGUCCUGGGUUCAAUUCCUAUGAUAGCAGAAGGACUUUUUCUCUUGACCAAAACUACUUUUUGAUGCGAAGAAAUAAAUUAUAUUACAAAUUGUCUUUUCGGAAAUUAUAGAUGAAUAAAGUUAUAGAUCUAAAUAUUCACAACAUUAACAGAAAACAUUAAAGGCUAUAUACAGUAAAAUAACAAUUAAAAAAAAAAAAAAAAAAAAAAAACUUUUCCAAUAUAUCUGUUUAGUACUGUUGCUAUACUAUAAUGAGUUACAAGUGAAAUGCAUAGAGUAAGGUAAAAAUGCGUUGAAAUAUAAUAAGGUAAGUAACAAAAUAUAACAAUUGUGAUAGUACUCACUGAUAUUAAUUGCUCAUGAUGAUGACAUACUUUUGCUCGUUAUAUUUAAGAUAUGUAUUUGUAUGCUUUAGUUUACGCGUACGAUCAAAAUAAUUAAAAAGCUACAAUCUAUGAUAAAUAUUGCGUUAUAAAUGCAUUUCAUACUACACAAAUACAUUGUGUAAAUGA